UACAGUUUCACUUAUGCUUUGAAUGAAUACGCUAGAUUCUAUUGGGGAAUCGACCUACGCACCGCACAAACGCAAUAAAUUAACGCUGAAAGAGUGAUGGAAUUGCAAAAUGUUAAUUUUAAAAGUCUCAAUUGCAAAAAGUCUGACAAGACGGUGGAAUACGUGAUUGUAUGCGCCAUAAAAUAUUCGCGGUCAAUUUGCUUGAAGUUGAAAAAAAGAAAUCAAAGAUGAGUGAUUAAUGGAAUAUGCGGAAAGAAGGAUAUUCAUCAUAAUAUCCAACAAUCGCAUACUCGCUCAUGCGAAUUGGAAAAAGUUAGCAACGCCAAAAGACGUCAAAGCGCAUCAAUUGGCAUAUACAUACAUAUUUAUAAACUAAUAACUAAGUGAAAGCUCAAAAGUCAGCAUUAGCUGUAACUCAACUUUUGUUAGAAAUGAGUGUUGGGAAGGACAACUAGAAUCAACGAGUGCAGUCGGGUUAUUUGACAACAUUCGAAGGGGUUGAAUAUCACACCUCUGUAGAGGACUAACUUUCAGCUAUAUACAUAUAUAUAUGUGUAUAUAAGUGUGUGUGUGUGCAUGUUAUAAAAUCGUGUUUUUGUUGUGUAAUCUAACUGCUUUAAGAGUUUUACAAGUGGCAGGCGCGAGGAUAACACUUGAACAGUAAAGUGGUCAACAAAAGGGAAACGUUGAAGCACUUGUUGCUGUGUUUUUUGAAGAAUGAAGGCAACAGUAAUUAUAUUCGUGUCGCCAUUUGCAUAUAAACCGAGUCUAAACCGAAAACCAGAAACAUUUUAGUGCUGACCGUGGCGCGCUUAACAGGACUCGGUUUGAUUCGUCGCGGAACAGGAAGUGUUUGCACGGCAGUUUAUUUUAAAGUGUGAAUUUAACAAGUGUUUGAGCAAAAUUUGUUAAAGAAAAUAUCUGGAAAACGUGGUAAUUUGCGAGUGCCCUUGAUCACGGAAAGUAACCAACAGCAGAGGGUCUUUCAUUUCCCUAUUAAAAUGGCACAGCAACAUACUACUACUGCAUUGGCAGCCGUCAACUAUCAUCAGAUAUAUCUCACUUUGGUACUGUCAAUUGUGUGGCUGGCGAGUGACGCUUGCGCAUCGCCGUUGGUGAACGCGUUGGCGGGCAUACCGCAAUAUGGCACGCGUCAACAAGCCGAUAAGCAACUGACAUUGUUGAACGAAUUGUUUAACAACGUUAAUGAGGAAGCACUCUUCAGUGAAUUGAAAAAAUAUCGUCGGGAUCAGUCCAAUUAUCUGAAUAAGUGGCCUGGUCUACGUGAUCUGGCGCUAAUGGCUGACUACGGAGAAGUCGCUGUCAAUAACGAGGAUGGGGACGAUAACUACGAGUUGCCGAGCAUCGAGGAGCGUCUAAGACAGAUAUCAACAAAUGCCAUAGAUGGCGCAGUGAUUGCUCAUGAUUCUCCAGCAGGCAAGAAAGACACCUACAAGAAUCAAGGCGUUAAGAAGAAUUUACAAUUACAUAAACAAUAUAUGUCGCCUUGCCACUUUAAAAUCUGCAACAUGGGACGAAAGCGGAAUGCCCGCUACUUCGAGGACUAAUUACCGUUAGUCGCUAAUGUCACAUUUGUGUAAUAAAGAAAGAAAUUCUGAUCGGCCAAAGUUACUUAAUAAUUCAACUACAUACGUACAUACAUACAUGCACUAAAUUAUAGUAUAGAGAAUAUAACGGAGUUGUUGUAAAUUUGUAGGGAAUCCAUCGCUGGGUGGGGGAGACGAACGAAGAGUAUUUACAUGUAAUUUAAACACAUUCAUUCACAUUUAUGGUACAUACAGUUUCACAAAAAGAAGAAUCUACAAAAAAAAAAAAAAAACAGUUAUUGGUGUCCAAAUUAUGCAGUAGCCAAAUAAAAAGUAUUUAUUGUGUUUUAUCGUAUUUACAUGUACACAUCUACACAUAUACAUAUGUGCGUAGCGCUAGUUUUACUUAAUACCUAUGUCAACAAAUUAUACACGAUGUGAACACACACCUAUUUAUUGAAUCUACAUAUUAAAUUAGCGAGAAUUGUAUCACCAAAUUAUCAAUAAUUAUAAAAAAUUAAAAAUGAUUGAAUACCGCAAUACAUUCAUACUUACAUACGAA